AGCAACCUUUGACUUUGAGAGACUGACAGCUGUACUAUUUGUUUGAAGGCCACACUCUUGCAUAAUGGAAAUCAAAAGUCAUCUAUUCCAAUCACUCACGCAGUUAACAUAAAGGAAACUUACGAGGCAAUGGAUAAAAUAUUGUAAGUGAUCAAAUACAACGAUCAUAAAUAGAAAAUAUGCGGUGAUCUGAAGGUAUUUGAUCGAAUCCAAGCUAGAAAUACAGGAAUAUAUUCCUGCAUUUCAUGACUCAUUACACCAUUACAGGUUGUCGGCAUGUUAACUGGUAUGCAAAGCGGCUUUACAAAAUACUGUUGCUUCUUGUGUCUUUGGGACAGUCGAGCAACAAUGCAUCAUUACACCAGAACAUCUUGGCCAGUGAGACAGCAAUUCUCACCUGGAAAACAAAACAUUUCAAAUAAACCACUUAUUGACCCACAAGACGUGUUGCUCCCGCCACUGCACAUUAAACUUGGUCUAGUGAAGAACUUUGUCAAAGCACUCGACCGGGACGGACCUGCUUUCCAGUAUUUGGCGACAAAGUUUCCAAAAAUAUCUUCUGCCAAAAUCAAAGAGAGAAUUUUUGUAGGUCCACAAAUAAGAGAAUUAAUUGAUGACAAGCAGUUUUCGCAACAUUUGUCAGCCACAGAAACCGCGUGGACGUCCUUCAAAAAAGUUGUCCGUGAAUUUCUCGGCAACCGGAAAAGCGAUAACUACAGGCAAAUAGUUGCGGAUCUGCUGGAAAAUUAUCGUCGAAUUGGUGUUCGUAUGUCGCUCAAGCUCCAUUUCUUACAUUCCCACUUGGAGUUUUCCCGGAAAACUUGGGCGAAGUAAGCGAUAAGCAAGACGAGCGAAUGCACCAGGAUAUGCGAAGAAUUGAAUGUAAUUACCAAGGUUUUUGG